AUGGCACCGUACAAGGAAGAUGAAGUGGAAGUGAAUAAUGUGGUAAAGAUUGUUGACACUGUCAAACCCCACUGUGCCAGUAAUGUUCAUGUUAAUUUAUAUGUCUCCAAGGUUGUGGUUCAUCCGCUUGUGUUACUGUCUGUGGUUGAUCAUUUCAAUCGCGUGAGUAAAACUCAAAAUGUGAAACGUGUGGUUGGCGUUUUGUUAGGAAGCAUGAAACCGAAUAGGACGCUAGAUAUUGCUAAUAGCUUUGCUGUUCCGUUUGAUGAGGAUGAACGAGACAAGAAAACUUGGUUCCUCGACAUGGAUUAUUUAGAGAGCAUGUAUGGUAUGUUCCACAAAGUUGCUGCACGCGAAAAAAUCGUUGGAUGGUACCAUACUGGUCCAAAACUCUGUCAGAAUGACAUUGUGAUCAACGAGCAAUUGAAACGCUUCACAUGUAACCCUGUUCUUGUUGUUAUACAGGCUGAACCAAAAGAUUUAGGGUUACCAACGGAAGCUUAUGUGGAAGUGCAAGAAGUCCAUGAUGAUGGUACACCACCAAUCAAAACUUUCGAGCAUGUUCCAAGUGAAAUCGGUGCCGAAGAAGCCGAAGAAGUUGGAGUUGAGCAUCUUUUGAGGGAUAUCAAAGACCAGACCGCAGGAACUCUUUCUCAAAGAAUCACUGAUCAAUUAAUGGGAUUGAGAGGUUUACAUGGGCAGUUGCUUGAUUUGCAGUCUUAUUUGCAUGAGGUAGCCGAGGGUAAAUUGCCAAUCAAUCAUGCUGUUAUCUAUUAUAUACAGGAAGUAUUGAAUCUUUUACCGGAUGUCACAUCACCUCAAUUUGUUGAAGCACAUAAUGUGCAGACAAAUGACCAGUUGAUGUGCGUUUAUAUGGGAUCUCUGGUACGAACUGUGAUUGCUCUACAUAAUCUCAUUGAUAAUAAGCUUUCACUACAGAAGAAUGAAAAAGAUAAAGAUAAAGGUGAAGGAAUAGAAAAGAAAGAUGAAAGUAAAGAAGAAAAAAAAGAAAAUAAGGAGAUAAAAGACGACAAAGAAGGCGAUAAAGAAAAGGAUAAAGAGAAAGCAACUAGAAAGUGA